UCCGUAGAUAGUAGACGGUCUCUGACUGUCGAACGCGGAGGUACCACCCGGCGGAUCUCGUAGGCGGGUCCAAAUCUGUGCAUGUUGCAUGGACACGUGUUCCCUCGCCAGAGUCCGUGUGGCGUUCCCCCUCUCCCCUGUAUCUCACUAAUAGCCCCACGGUACCCCAUAGGUGUUUAGGCCUUAGGCCUUCGUGGUAGUUGGAGUAUAAAAAAAAACCUACAAGAUGUCAUCUUG